AUGCUGAACGACCGGCUCGUCCUCGUGGGGGCGACGGAUGGGUCGUUGGUCGUCUUCGAUGUGAAUCGCCGACGCCCCAUUGGGGGGGUGGGGGCCGCGCACGGCUACGAUUCCCUCGCCGACGGCACCGGCCUCGAACGGACAGCGCGGGACCCCCCGUCGGGUUCCCGGCGUCUGCCGAACCCGAUCACCGCCCUGGCGGCGGUGCCCUACGCAGACGUCGCCGCCUCCGCGAGCUACGACGGCGUCGUUCGCGUGUGGCGGAUUUCAAGCGCGGAGGACCUAGGAGGGGGGGUGCGGAUGAGUCCCCUCAGCGAACUCCCCGUUCGCGCGCUCGUGACGUCGUUGCAGUUCUCGAACGACGGGGAUGUGUUGAGUGUGGGGUGUAGCAAGGAAAGUCGACGGGGGCGGUGGGUGGUGCAGAAAAGCGCGUUGAACUCCGUUUGCGUGAUUCCCCUCACGGCGACGGGCGAGGCGGUGGUGAAAAGGCCGGGGAUGCCGCACGCCAUCGAGCACGUGCCCGCCCGACUUUUCCACUUCGACGAGGUCGACAACGACCGCGAGGGCACGGAUGAACCUGAAAGCUCCAACGAGGACGAAGACGGGGAAAAAGAGGAGGGGUAUCGGAAACAUCGGUCGCUGCCGCCGCGCGGUGGGCCCUCCACCGAACUCCAGGGCAAUGACGCCGACGACGAGGAGGAAAUCCUUUCCGAAGGCGGUGAAAACGAGGAAACGGAUGACUUUUUCGACGUCGGCGAGGACGGCCAGCUCAUCCUCCGACGCCGCGAGGAUCCGGCCGAUUCACACGUCGACCUCGAGGAGAAAGGCGGCGGGAAACCCCUCAAAAAGAAGGCCGCAGGUGGCAAACUCAAGGCAAAGAAGGGGAAGACAGGGGUUGUGAUGAAGGAGAAGAAGAAAGUAGGAAAGGGCCCGCGGCUGCAGCAUCCCGCAAAGAAACUAAAAAAAAUGCGAAAGGCGAAGUAA